UGCUGCCGGUUCUAGCUAUCGUGGACUCACUUUGCUGUUCCAGGGUCGCAGCAGCUAUGUUCGCGCUGCGAACUCUUCUGCUUCUGCUGCUGCCUCUGUGUCCCGGUCCUGGUCCUGGACCCGGGAGCGAGGCAAAGGUCAUCCGGAGUUGCACUGAGACCCGGCAGAUUCUGGGGGCCCGGGGAUAUAGCUUAAGCCUACUCCCUCCCGCCCUGAUAUCAGGUGAGCACCUCCGGAUCUGUCCCCAAGAAUACACCUGCUGUUCCAGUGAGAUAGAGGAGAGGCUGACCUGGGACACUGAGGCUACCUUCCGAGGCCUGGUGGAGGAGAGUGGCUCCUUCCUGGUACACACGCUGGCUGCCCGGCACAGAAAAUUUGAUGAGGUUUUUCGGGAGAUGCUCUCAUCAGCUGAGCACUCCCUGGCCCUGCUCUUCCACCGUUCCUAUGGCCGUCUGUAUUCCCAGAACACCCCCUUAUUCAGCGGCCUGUUCUCUCGGCUGCGGGACUACUAUGAGAAGUCCGGUGAGGGGUUAGAUGAUGCCUUGGUGGAUUUCUGGGCACAGCUCCUGGAGAGAAUGUUCCCCCUGCUGCACCCACAGUACAUCUUCUCCCCUGACUACCUGUUCUGCCUCACACGCCUCGCCUCCUCUGCUGAUGACUCUCUGAAGCCUUUCGGGGACUCACCCCGCCGCCUCCGCCUGCAGAUAACCCGGGCCAUGGUGGCUGCCCGGGCCUUUAUCCAUGGCCUGGAGACCGGAAGAGAUGUGGUCAGUGAAGCGCUUAAGGUGCCCAUGUCCGAAGGCUGCAAGCGGGCUGUGAUGCGUUUGACCGGCUGCCCUCUUUGUAGUGGGGUCCCCUCCCUGGCGCCUUGCCGGGGCUUCUGCCUCAACGUGGCCCAUGGCUGUCUCAGCAGCCAGGGACUGGACCCUGACUGGGGUGCCUAUCUAGAUGGUCUCCUGUACCUGGCUGAGAAGAUCCAGGGCCCCUUUUCCUUUGAGGUGGCAGCCCAGUCCAUUGGGGUGAAGAUCUCAGAAGGUUUGACAUAUCUGCAGGAAAACAGUGUAGCGGUGUCCACCCAGGUGUUUCAUGAAUGCGGUGGGCCCCCAAAGGCACCUGCCCGCACCCGCCGAGCCCCGGCACCCCUGGCUCCUCCGGAAGAGGUGGGCCGGCUCUGGACGGCGGGGGCGGAGGAGGAGCGGCCCACAAUGGCCGCGGGCAACAGCCUGCCCCGGUUGGUGUGGGAACUCCGCGAGCGGCUGGGCCGGGUCCGGGGCUUCUGGGUCGGUCUGCCUCUGACGGUGUGCGGGGACCCCCGCAUGGCUGCGGACAUCACGCAGGAGGCGGCGCCCUGCUGGACUGGAACUGGGCGGGGCCGGUACUUGUUGCCCGUGGUCGGGGGCUCUCUGACCGAGCAGCUUAACAACCCAGAGCUGGGUGUGGAAGCUUCGAAUCCCGACCUCCAGACGCGGACGCGACGGCUGCAUCUCCGGGCGGCCACGAUCAGGAUGAGGGCCGCCGCUCUGGGACGCGACCUGGAACUGGAGGACUGGGAUGAAGACUCCAGCGGCUCUGGAGAGGGACAGCACUAUGCAGAUGACUGGAUGGCUGGGGCAGCAGCUGUGGCCCCCCCAGCCCGGCCUCCCCGCCCUCCUCGAAGAGAUGGUGCUGGGGGCAAAGGCGGAGGUGUCGUCAUCCGCCACAACCAGGGCAGGAGCAGGACUGGGGGGACGUCUGUUGGUUUUCACACCCAACCCAUCCUCAUUGUCUCCCUCUCAGCCCUGGCCCUACUUGGACCUCGAUAACUGGGGAGGGGUGCCCUGGCAUCAGAAGGGUUCAUGACCCUUCUCCUCCUCCCCUCUCACCUGGGUCUAGGGAGGAGUUGAAGGGGCUGCAAAGAAGUUAGAAAAGGGACUUUUUGGGUGAAUGGCUGGGGCCCCAAGUUCAGGAGAUUCCCAUUGGAAGUGGAUAGGUGUUCACAAUAUUUAUUUUUUCA